UACGAAGUUCUCUGCUAACGUUUGAGUUACCACUUGACGUAUCGAAUGUCGACAGCUGUUGGCCUUCGGCUGAUUUCAGUGCAAUUCGAAAAUUUCGCGUGCGAAAUUGUGGGAUUUAUUUUUUCUUUUUGUCUGCAAAUGCGGAGCUCACUAUUCGUGUUCUUCCGCGAUAAACUCUGCGGUAAAUGAAACGAUUUUCGGUGGGAUGCGUUUAUACGCGACGAUCAUCACGAAGAUUUACGUCAAGUAGUUGGCCUACAAAACGUUUCUGAUAAUCAUGAAUCUGCAAACACUCUUUCAAGACUUCAAUCCAAGCAAAUUUUUAGUGCAUUGCUGUUUGAUGAUAUUUACAUCCCUAUUCGCUCUUCGGCUGGAUGGUUUCAUAGAAUGGAGUUAUUGGUGUGUGUUUACACCAAUAUGGUUUUGGAAGAGUAUGGUAAUUUUGGGUGCUACUGUCGGAAGUUACGUUUGGUGGAGACAUCCACAUGCAAGGCUCGAAGGAGAUGCCUAUGUACAUUACAAGGCAAUGUUAAUCACUUUAGCAUUACACUUGAUCCUGUUAAUGUUUGAAUUGUUAGUAUGUGAUAAAUUAGAAUCGGAAAGGCACCUUUGGAUACUUGUAUUUAUACCACUUAUUUUUAUUUCUAUAGUGUCAAUAGCAGUAUGUAUUUGGGCUGCAAAACAUGAUCGGUCAUUCGAACUUGAAUUGUUCUGUGCAGUUAAUGUAUUGCAAUUUAUUUUCUUGGCGUUAAGACUAGAUGGUUUUAUAACAUGGAGUUGGGAAGUAGUGUUCGUGCCUGUUUGGACACUUUUGAGCUUGUCCCUAGUUGCUGUUCUCUAUGCAAUAGUGUUUGCAGCUGUUUUAUUAAGGGCACCACAAGUUACUGCCAGACAGAGGCGGACGUCCUUAAAUUCUGCACUGGCAUACACAUUUCUCGUGGUUCCAAUUUCAGUGUUCCAAGUGUUAUUAGCAAAUAAAUUGGAUGGAGACAUUUCAUUAAAUUACACCACAGUCGCCAUGCCACUUUUAAUAUCUCACGUAACACUUAUUUUUAUGUCUUUUGAUGCAAAAGGUGGAAAUAGAUGGUGGUUUGGUAUUAGAAAAGACUUUUGUCACUUUUUAUUAGGACUGUGUCCAUUACUUCAGGAAUACGGUAAUAUAUCGUAUCAACCAAGAAGUGAACAAGAUCAACCGCCAUCUGAACCAAUGGUUUCGGAUAAGAACGAGAAACAUGUUAAGAAAAUCGACCUAACGAAACCUGUUGUACCUAUAAUUUCUAUUGAUAUGCCUGAUUGAUUAAUUUAUUUAGGAUUGAUUUUGGGAAUUCAAAAUAUUUUUAUUGAUAUGACUGGUUAAUACCAAGAGCCAUAUCUUAAUAAAUAAUAGACAGGUGCGUAUAUAAUAGUGAAAUCUAUUAUAAAAGGGAAAACUAUUAUUUUCAAUACGACAUGUCGUAAUGAAAAUCUUGUUAUUGUUAAACUUAUUGUGCGCCAAGGCAAUCAGAAAUAUCCAUUAUAAUGUUAUCCAUUUUGUUCUUGGGGCUGAAGCUUCUCACAAUUAUUAUGAAGAUUUUGAUAGGGGGAACUCUACAAAAAUUUUUACGAUCGAUUAAUUAAGGAAAUUUGUAGGAAGCUAAAAUUUUAUUAUCGAUACUAGAUCAGCGGCCCCUCGAGCAAAUUUAGCAGUCGUAAUGCUCAAAAAGAAAAAAAAAAGAAAAAAUCAUUAUGUCUCUUACAGCUGCAUCAAUUUUUUAUCUGUAUUCGAACACUUAAAUUAUGUGUAGAAAAAAAGUUCUGCGACACGCGGACUUGCACGAAUCUGUGCUAUUUCAUCUCUCGGUUUAAUAAUGCAUCGAUGAAACUCAAAGUAUCGAUAAAUAAAUAAACCGAGAGAUGGAGUAGAGAUAUAGGUUUUAGCAAUUUCGUUCAUUAGCAGUAUCCUAGUGUAGAAAUAAGUAAUCGACCCGUCCAUUUGUUUGAUUGCUCCUUCUUAAUGAUAUAAGAUACUUGUCGAUCUAUUUUGUUAUGCCUGUUAAUAGUGAAGUUACGUAAUAGUAUUAAUAUUACUUUGCCAAAAGUAGUGGUUACAAAGAAUGGUGAACAUGCCUAAACUGGUGCUAAAAGUUAACAAUACUUUAGACAUGUUUUAUAUGCAAUUGAGACCUGUGUUUAAAAUUUCGUUUAACCCUUAAUACACCAUGAUCUGUAUAAAGCGGAGUUUGAUUUGUAUUUACUUAUACUUUAAUUCAAUUCUCAAUGUAUAUAGCACACCACGUUACAGAGUUAAGUAACAUUGUACAGGUCAUAUUAAAAUUUAUUAUGUACAUAGUUAAGUCUCGAUUAUCGAAUAAUUAUCUAAUUUUUUGUUGAUGCAAAAUUCAAGACCACUGGAUUACGUAUAUAUAAAUAUAAUGUUAAGUAAUAAUAAAAAAAACACGAAUAACUGUGAACGAUACAUAUAUAUAUAUAUAUAUUUGCAGUGGGUCUGAUCAGUUGCUUUGUUUCUAAUGAAAAAUUAAGAUGCAAAUUCCAAUAUUAAACGAGACUUAACUGUACGAUACAUGUAACAAAUAGGAAGGAAUUAUUGCAAUUAACGAGCGAAGGGAUCGUAAAUGGGGAAUGAUAUUCAAAUUAUACAUUAUGUUUCUGUUUUCUUUCAUGGGAAAUGCUUCACGUAUGUUUCAAUCUUAUUUCUAAAUAACUUUCAAUUUCGCAAAUUUAUGUCUGUGUACAUGACAAAUACGCUGAUAUCACUGAUAUUUAGGAACAAGAGCCAUAUAUUUAUAGUAGAAUAAUUUUUGUACAUGUUCCUAAAAUGUUUGCAAUAUUUUUUAUUAAAAUAUUCGUAUACUGAUAUUAGUAUAUAGUCAUUUUGAUGUGUGCAUCAAACAUGUUCAAAGGGCUCUGUUACUUUAAGUGAUAAAUUAGAUUAAAAUUUUUUUGUACGUUUACAACUCGAUCAGUUGCUUGAAGAUGCCAAUGAAUAAUUAGUGCAUUUCCUAAUUAAUAACAAAACGAACACGAUGCGUCAUUGUUGUAUAUUAAAUAAUUUAAAUUCUACUGUAUUUUAUUCAAUUAACUGUGUCUUUCAGAGAUCGGAGGAAUAAUGCUAUGUUCAAAGAUUGAAAUGAAUUGGUUCGGUACCCUUGUUCACAAAAUGCCCGUCGGUUCGCUCAACGACACACUGUCGCUUAACUAGUCCCCGAACAUGUACUGGUACAUAUUCAAAGUCCCACCACGGGCACGAACCGUUUAAGUAGCCUGUCGUCAUGCUCUUCCUGAUACCUCACGCCAUCACCAAACUGCAUUUCACUUGGGUAAAUGUGUCUGGGUCUGAUUCCCACUUUAUCCGCUAUAGUCUGCUAACCCACACGCCAAUGGUGCGUUUGCCUACAGUGGCCAAAGUCACAGCACCUUUUUUUCUCUUAACUAACGUCUAGAUCAUCAGUGAUAUCUACACCAUAGUUAGCCGACAAGAACAGUGUCUUCUAGGUCCAGCGAAUGACACUAUUAUCUCAUUUAAGACUGCUCAGAGUGCUCAAGAAGUCUCGCAGAAGGGAAACGUGUAUCUGAAUGGUCAGAAUGGAAUAAAACUCACUGAACGAAGCACACAAUGAAAGAGCUGUCUUGCUGCUGUGUUGUCCCAUGAGACUUUUCUCAUACUCUGAGCAGUAUGGUGCACCGGUUGACAUUUCAGAGUGUCUUGGUAGUGUCUGGGGUAAGGAGCCUAGCCCUAAACCUAAUGAUAAAGUAUGGAUUCUGCUCCUCCGUCACCUUGGACUCUUUAAUAUCUCAGUCUCCGAAGAAAGGAACCUUCCAUUCCUGAUCACCUGCCUUUGAUUUAGCUAGCAAAGUAUACAUCCUGUAAAGGACAUGUACACUGGUGGUUGUGUUCUCAAUUUAUUGUCAGACAUUAAACUUGGUCGAGCGAGUCUAACCUUUUGCAUUUUUGAUUGGACUUUCUUAUGGUCCUUUAAGACUUUUGGUUUUUGCUCUCGCUUUUGAAUUUUGACCAAUUCCAUUGGGUAGCCCUCUGGCACUUUAAACCUUCAGUAUGUGGAGGUCCAUGUCAACUCAGUGGACAAAGUAGUUCCUUGCCAUAGUUAUGGGCAAACUUUUUGGCUCAAUUUUGUUUAGAUAUCCUGUUCUGACAGAGUAUCGUGGGUGGUAGGUUGUAUGCUCAUAAAACUCUUCCUGUACUUUUCCCUGUCUUUCUUAAGUUUCUUAUAAGAAACGCUUGGUUAAACUGUGUGAUUUUUUACUGGUUCUCUACCAAAGAUUGAAAUGAUUUUAAAUGAAAAUAAAAUGUUUCUCUAGGAGGGAUCCUUUAUGUGUUUAUGUGAUACGUGAUAUUUUAUACUGAAGUUUUCUUGUAAUCCUGGGGUCUGGAUCUAUGAAAAUCUAAUAUACAUGGCAAAACGUUCGAGUAAAUCUCUGAAGAUUAAAAAGUAUGUGCAAUGUACCUGGUAUAUAUUUCAAUCUUUGAACAUGUUCGUAGAAAUGCAAAAACAUUUGUUCGAUAAGUUAUGCGUUAUAUAUGCGUUGUAAAUGAAAAAAAACAUUUAGGAUUAAAGAAGGAACAAAGCUAAUGCAGAUUUUUGUAUGUGUUAACAUGGUUUGUUGUAAAUGAAGCGUAAAUUGUUCAAAUAUUAGGUUUUUUAAUCGGCCUUAAUGAGACAAGAGAUCGGAUAUAUCGGCUGGGAUACAAGACUGAGCACUUCGCAUCUUUAGAAUAACAUCGGUAAGAUGUAAAAAGAAAAAAAAAAUAUAAUCGCGUGACUUUCAAGAAGAGACGAUCGAACGAUAAUAGCAUUAAUUGUUAACGUUUAAUAGAUAACAUUAAUUACUAAGUAUAUCCAAUCAUUUAUUGUGUUAUGAUGUAGAAAUAAUGUACAUAGUCUGUUGUAUUACAAUAACAUUAUAGACUAUAUUAUUAA